AUGAAGGCAUUCAACAGACAAGAGUUGAGGCUGCGAUGUACUUCGAUCAAGGCCUGGGAGCUCCCCCGGCAUUCUAGUAGUGCUCUCGCACCCGAGGGAGUAUGGACGAAUGAGGAUAUGGAUCCUGUCAAACCGGAGCACCAGACUUGGAGCAUCUGGACCAUCCUCGCCUACUGGAGCAGCGAUCUCAUGAAUCUCUCAACGUUGCAGACCGCGGGCUCGAUCCUCGCGGUGGGCCUUUCGUGGAGAGAGAGCAUUCCCAUCAUGUUUGUGGGAACGACCUGCAUUGCCGUGGCCAUGGUUCUGAAUGGCGCCAUAGGCAGUCGGCUGCAUGUACCGUUCAGUGUCAUCGCCGCGGGCUCCUUUGGCUACCGGUUCCGGUACUUCGCCAUCGUGAGCCGGGCUGUUCUUGCCAUGUUCUGGCUUGGCGUCCAGUGUGCGAACGGCUCCUACUGCAUCACCAUCAUGCUUAGCUCCUGGGCACCUUCGUACGCGACGAUACCAAACUCCCUGCCUGAGUCGGCCGGCAUCACCUCCAUGGGCAUGUGCUCCUUCUUUCUCUUCUGGAUCCUCCAGCUGCCCAUGCUGCUCAUUCACCCGACCAAACUCCGGCCGCUCUUUUACGUGAAACUCGUCGCCACCCCCGCCGUCGUCCUCGGCACACUGGGCUGGGCGGUCAAGAAGGCUGGCGGCGGCGGCGAGAUCUUCAAGCUGCAGCCCGAGGUCCCCAAGGGCACGGCGCAGUACGCCUGGCUCUGGCUGAGUUGCAUGUCCAGCGUCACUGGUCAAUGGGCAACCAUGGGAGUGAACAUCCCCGACUUCCUGCGGUACAGCAAGAGCCCCAACGGGCAGCUGGUGCAGCUUCCGUUCGUCCCUUUCGUCUUCACUCUGUGUGGGACAAUGGGCAUCAUCACGACAUCGGCGACCAAGACUUUCCACGGAGAGUAUCUCUGGAACCCGCUUGAUAUCAUCAGCCUCUGGUUGGAAAAUGGGCCAGGCGGGCGUUGUGCUGCCUUCUUUGCGGCGCUCGCGUGGUUCAUCGCGACGGUGGGAACCAACGUGACGGCGAACUCCAUCAGCGCCGCCAACGACCUCACCAUCAUGUUCCCGCGGUACAUCAACAUCAAGCGGGGCUCAUUGGUAGCGGCCGUGAUCGGCGGUUGGGUCCUCGUUCCCUGGAAGAUCUUGGCCAGCGCCGCCACCUUUCUGAACUUCAUGGGCGCCUACGCGGUAUUCCUUGCGCCGAUUAGUGGCAUUCUUGCGGCCGACUUCUGGAUCACCAAGCGCCAGCGCUACGAUCUGCCAGCUCUGUACGAUCCUCAUGGCCGCUACAGAUACGUAUCGGGCUGCAACUGGCGGGCCUUUGUUGCCUUUAUCUUUCCGGUGGCUCCCAGCUUGCCCGGCAUGGCUUUGGCAAUCAGUGGCUACCCAGCGGUCAAGAUCUCCGAGGGUGUACAGCACCUGUACACGUUCGAUUGGCUCUUUGGCUUCGUGGUGUCAAUCUUCCUAUAUGUCAUCUUGAGCUGGCUUGUACCUGCAAAGGAGACGUUGGUUGAACGAACAAUCUGGACGAAGGAUGGAGCUGACAUGGAAAUCACAAGCCAUGGCAACGACGUCGAGAACCCCAAGUUGCCAGAGAAGGUUUACACGAAGGCAGAAGACGAGGAUGAUACCCCCCAGUAG